AUCGAUUAUCGACGAUUGUAAAUGCAUCGAAAAUUAUUGUUCUCAAUGCAGGAUCAGUUGUUGAAGAAGGAAAUCAUGAAACAUUGAUGAAGGCGAAAGGAGUUUAUUAUGGUCUCGUCGAAGCACAAAAUAUUCAUCUGAAAAGCAAGGAUAAGGAUAAGGAAGAAAGUUAUGAAGAUGAUGAAGUAGUAGUCGAUAGUGAAAUGAAUUCCUGUGCGCAAUUCUUUGGUGAUCAAUCUGCACUUAACAAAUCAAUUGAAGAAAAUCAGAAAAGUCCAAAAAUUGGUCACGUUAACGAAUCUCUUGAGUAUUCUGGUCGUGCACCAUUUUUUACAGUACUUCGAAUGAAUAGUCCUGAAUGGUUUUAUAUUCUGCUGGCUUGCCUUGCUUGUAUUUGCAAUGGAGGUGCUCAACCAGCAUUCGGUGUAACUUUAAGUAAAGUGAUUGCAGUAUUCCAAGAAUGUGAUCCAAACAUACAGGAAAAGGGUGUUUUUAUUUAUGUUUUAUUUUUUAUCGGUAUCGCUUUGGUUACUCUAUUUACAAUGUUCCUACAGAGUUUUUUCUUUGCAAUUUCUGGUGAAUCUUUAACACAACGACUUCGUGCAAAAAUCUUUCGAACUCUAUUACAACAAGACAUUGCUUAUUUCGAUCAGGCAGAGAAUAAUACUGGAGCUCUAUGUACACGUCUAGCUACUGAAGCUUCCGAUGUUCAAGGAGCUACAGGUGUUCGUAUUGGAACGAUGUUACAAAAUAUAUCAAAUCUCGGAGUCGGCAUCGUUUUAGCAUUUAUUUAUGGAUGGUCACUGACUUUAAUUAUGUUAGCAUUUGUACCAUUUAUGAUUCUUGCUGGAUUUUUGCAAACAUACUUAUUAACGGGCAUUGCAGAUAAAGAUAAGAAAGUUUUAGAAGAAGCUGGAAAGAUUGCAGUCGAAAGUAUAUCAAAUAUUCGAACAGUAGCACAAUUAACAAAAGAACAAUAUUUUGGUGAUGAAUAUUGCAAAAAACUUGAUGUUUGUUUCAAAAAUAGUGUUAGACGCGCACAUGUGUUUGGUUUAUUAUUUGGUUUUACUGAUGCAAUAAUGUUCUUCGGAAUAGCAGCUUUGUUUUCUUUCGGGGCUUGGAGAGUUCAACAAGGAGCAAUGACUUUUGAAAAUGUUAUGCUUAUUCUUAACUGUAUCCUAUUCGGUGCAAUGUCUGUCGGUCAAACGGCAUCAAUGGCACCAGACUAUUCAAAAGCGAUUGCAUCCUCAAAAAACAUUUUGUCUUUAUUUCAACGAGUACCAACGAUUGAUAAUUCGUCGACUGUUGGAAAUGAAUUGACUACAUUUGAUGGACAAAUUGAUUUAAUUGAUUUGCAAUUUCAUUAUCCAAAUCGACCAGAAGUACAAGUUUUGAACAAAUUUAAUCUAACAAUAGAACCUAAUAAACAAACUGCUCUUGUUGGCUCGUCCGGUUGUGGCAAAAGUACCAUUAUUCAAUUACUUGAACACUUUUACGACCCAACAGAUGGGCGAAUCUUAGUUAAUCAAAACGAAUUACCAUCUUUAAAUCUUCAAUGGUGGAGAAGUCAAAUAGGUUUUGUUAGCCAAGAACCAGUUCUAUUCGAUGCAACAAUUAAAGAAAAUAUUGCUUAUGGCGAUACAGCAAGAGAAGUAUCAAUGGAAGAAAUUCAACAAGCAGCGAAAAAUGCUAAUAUUGAUGAUUUUAUUCAAAACCUACCAGAAAGAUACGAAACCAAUAUUGGUUCGAGAGGCACACAGUUAUCUGGUGGUCAAAAACAACGCAUUGGUUAG